UCCUCACUCCAGCUCCGACUGAUUCCCCAAGUCUAUCGCGGUAGCGUGUAUCAACGGAAGACUGGAUACUUCACUUGGACAAGUUCAAGGAAAGUAAUCAUACCCGGUGUUGGUGUUGUUCGCGUUGUGUCUGUGCCUGUGCCUGUGCUUGUGCCACCUGUUGUUGUUGUUGUUCUACGUAAAUAUCUCGUAAUUAUCCGGAAUUUUAUACGUUGUAUAUUUUGAACAGAGCUGAAGAUUGGGACUAAGAAACGAAGAAGACUCAAAUUCUUAGAGAAUGAAACUCUCUACAGUAUUUGAGCUUUUAUUGAUAUUUUUAAUCAUCGCAUUCGCUGCUUCUAAAUAUAUCGAUCCGAAAGGCGGAACAAAAUGGAAAUCACAGUUGGAAAAAUCCACCGAUAAAGACCACCAGAGGAAAGAAAGACAGAAUACACCGAAUCGGCAUUGCUCGUGUUCAAAUCUAACAUGCAACUGUUGUAGAGAUUUUUCACUGCCUGUUGUUCCAGUUAAAGGACCUGGAUGUGCUACCCUGAAGUACGUCCAAGGCGACUCGAUGCUGGUCACUAUGAGCUUUGGAGAUAGAGUUCUACGAAAUGUUACGAUUUCAGGCAAAAAACCACGUCCAAUCUGCAUGGGCUUACCUGGCGGUAUCUCCAAAUUCUGCGGCCGAAUCUACGGAAUCUCCCGAGACGGAGACCAAAUCCGCGCCUGUCUAGGUCUCGAACUACGUGCUCUAGAUGACGUUGAAGCAGCUCUCAGAGUCUCGUGUUUCAAAUUCGGUCCCAAAGGUAUAAACGUCGAACCAGGUAAACCAGUGCCCAGCGACGAAGACGAUGAAGAUGACGACGACGACGACGAUUUCGAUUUACCAGGCGACGAUGACGAUGAUGACGACGACGACGAUGACGAAGACGACGACGUCUUUGGUUUAGAAGACGACGACGAAAACGAAUCUGAAAACACAGUCGAGUCCGGCGAAACAGACUACACUGGAUUUUCAGCAUUGAGUGACGACUUCCUAGACAGCUUUUUCGAAUCAGAUUCCCCCAACAAGAAAAAGAAGAAUAACGUUAAUGCAGUUCCUAUCAAUUACAAACCUCAGCAAAUUAUCACCUCGAAACCUUUUCCAACUACUUCAGCUCCUGCCAAGAAAGCCAAACCACAAAGAGUAGUGACCACAAAAUUAGUCCUAUCAACUCCUUCGAAACUAUUAGGUCUUGCCAGUACUGAAAAGCCAAUCAGUGCGUCGAGUUUAUCCUCAGAUAAAGUCUACGUCUCUCCACCCUCUGAUAAAUUAUACCAAUCGUCUUCCGAAAAACACUCUACCACUUCGGAUCAAGUUGUGAUGAUCCCUGAUUCGGAGAAAUUAGCUUCUACCAUGGAUAAAGUUUACAUUUCUCCAUCGCAGUACAAGCCAACUGAACGUAUACGUCCUCAAACGAUCAAACAAUCUUUACAAAGCUAUAUUCCAACCGUACCUCAGCAAAUCACUACUGAUAAAAUAUACCCGAGUAGUUUGAGCCAACAACAAACCACAGAAAAUAACUACCUGUCUACCAUGGAUGAUAAAGAACAACACACAAUAAGCAAUUAUUACGUACCAACGACUCAGCAAUUCCAAUCGACUGAAAAAGUAUACAUCCCAGUCAACCUAUCAACCCCAGAUGGAGAUUUCGAGCCGGUCACUUCGACAUCAGUGUCAGUCAGUGUAAUGCAAGGAGACAGUUCAAAAAUCUCCAACUCAUCUAACGAUAAUAUGGUUCAAGUAGCCACAAUUGAAAGCAGCGCCACAGAAUCGACUCCAGAUAACGAAUACAACGAGGUAGAUUCCGAUACCAAGACCACAAUCAACGACAGAAUCAUGGAAGUGAACACCGUUAGCUCAACUUUAGGCUUAAAAAUCAAUCGUCCAACAACCAAAGCUCCUGCAAAAGACGACGACGACGAUGAAUUCGAAGACGUUGUCGAUAGCGUUUUCGACGUAGAUGACGAAAGCAGCACGAAGAAAAACGAUUCAUCUUCCGAAGAACUAGAUCUAGACGAUGAUCUAGACGACAGCGACGAAGACCUGGACGAAAGCAGCUCCAGUAACAUUGUCUUAGCCAAUAACGAAAACUCCAGCAAUAACGAUUACGCCAAUGACGACGAUGACGAUGACGACGAAGAGUUUAGGAAAUUUGAUCUCCAUUCCAAACAGACCAUCCGAGUAUCAUCGACAGCCAGUGCAGCUCAAGCUCAUCCUCUGAGAAGUAGCGCUAGAACUCACAAACGUAUGAAUUUGCCUCCUUUAUUCAACAUAAAACCCGAAGUAUCCUCUUUCCUAAGUAGCGGAGGACAUUUAUAUAAAAUAAGAAUGUCGCCGAUUCAAGAAACCCAAAAUACUCCUCCUAGAUUAGGUAGAUUGAAUUUACCACUAGCACUGCCUGAAUCGGAUUCCAAGGCGAAUCCGUUAAAUAUUUUCAAUGCUUAUCCCAGUCUUGGUAAUGUUCCAUCCUCAUCGAGUCAGCAAGAUCAUAGAUUUGGGAUAGAACGAGAACAAGAACAGAGGAGUAGUCGAAAUCAUAAACGUAUGAGACUUCCACCUGUUGACGAUUCCAACGAUGGAAAUUCGCAUUGAUGUUACCCAUUGAACUUUCCAGCUAUUCAGGCUAUUAUUAUUUUAUAAUGUGAAGUAAAGAAAAAGUCAUAUUUAUCUGUAAUGCAUUUUUUAUUUAUUUUUAGUAUUUAUUUUCUUUCUCUCUUUUGUAUAUUAUUUUUAUAUCGUGCAAAUGUAGAUAUAAUUUAUUUCAAUUGUUUAUAUGUUUUCGUUCUUUUUAUUUUUAUUUUUUUUUUAAAUAAAAUAAAAUGAUGAUUUGUGUUUUA